UGCACCAAACCCAAACCAAAAAUUAUGAAAAAAUUAGUAUUGCGAGUAGAACUCAAGAUAGCUGGUUUUACAAUGUUAAUUAUUACUGAUAAUGUUUUAUUUUCAUAUGUGAUAUGUAAAUAGUAAUUGUACUUCUUCAGCUUAUUAUCGAAAAUAUUUUUUUCGUCAUUUCUCGAAUGUUGCACGGAGUCGGACAUUCCUGGCGAGAGCUUCGGUCGGUAGGUUCAGACGUUCCGUUCAAAGUUCAGAAUCUUGGAUUCGUUCAGUCAGCGGUCACGUCUCGCGUGUCCCUAACAAAAGUGACAUUUUGGAACAAAAUUUUGCACUUUAACGUAGAAAUAUCUUGGUAACGCGACAAAGUCUGUAAUAAAUAAGUGAAAAAGAACAUAAUAAUAUCUGGAAAUAAUAUAAGCAUACAGUAACUAUGGCAUUCGUGUUAAGAGGUGUCAGUGGUAUGUUCCUACGUUUAAGCAACGGUUUGUGCGUCGCACGAGCCUCUGUAAAAAUAUCACGGGUGUGUGCGGUUGACUUUUCUAUCAAACUAGACAUCCCACAAACAGAAGAGAAAACUGAAAAGUUAAAAUCGCUGGUAGGAAAUGGCAAAGUAUUCGAAAGUAUAGAAGAAGCUGUAUCUGAUAUUCAGGAUGGAGCUAAGUUAUUGGUUGGUGGAUUUGGUCUCUGUGGUAUUCCAGAAAAUUUAAUAGCAGGUGUAUUAAAAAAAGGUUCUAAAGAUUUAACUGCAGUUUCCAAUAACGCUGGAGUUGAAGAUUUUGGAUUAGGUAUAUUGUUGAAGGAGCACAGAAUCAAAAGAAUGAUUGCGUCGUAUGUGGGUGAAAAUCCUGAAUUUGAAAGACAGUAUCUUAGUGGUAAAUUGGAAGUUGAGUUAACGCCACAGGGUACUUUGGCGGAACGUGUGAGAGCAGGUGGUGCUGGUAUUCCUGCUUUCUACACUCCUACAGCUUUUGGCACAAUUAUACAAGAGGGUAAUGUUGUUGUUAAAUAUGACGAGAAUGGUAAUGGUGAGAUUUUGAGCGAGCCAAAAAAUGUCACGCAAUUUAAUGGACGGAAUUAUGUAUUGGAGACCGCUAUUAUUGGCGAUUUCGCUCUCGUAAAAGCGUGGAAGGCUGACAAGGCUGGUAAUCUUGUAUUUCGAAAAUCCGCGAGAAACUUCAAUCCCGUAAUGUGCAAGGCAGCCAAGAUAUCAAUCGUCGAGGUAGAAGAGAUUGUAGAAAUCGGAGAGUUAGAUCCUGAUCAAAUUCACUUGCCUGGUAUUUUUGUGGAUAGGAUUGUAAAAGGUCCCUCUUACGAAAAACGAAUAGAGAAACGUUCGACGAAGCAAACUAUGAAGCCAAAAAAAGUGACUCCAGCUAGUAAAGCGAGAGACAGAAUUAUCAGGCGUGCCGCUCUUGAAUUUAAAAAUGGAAUGUAUGCAAAUUUAGGAAUUGGUAUUCCCAUGCUUGCUAGUAAUUACAUCCCUAAGGGUGUGAAAGUAACGUUACAAUCUGAGAAUGGUAUUCUUGGAUUGGGUCCUGUACCAGAAAGCGAAAUCGAUGUCGACGCCGACCUCAUUAAUGCUGGGAAAGAAACUGUCACAGUUCUACCCGGUGCUGCGUUUUUCAGUAGUGACGAAAGUUUUGGUAUGAUUAGAGGGGGUCACAUUGAUCUGACUAUUCUCGGAGGCAUGCAAGUAUCGGAGAACGGAGAUCUGGCUAACUGGAUGAUACCAGGUAUGAUGGUAAAAGGCAUGGGUGGUGCCAUGGAUCUUGUUUCGGCUGAAAGUACAAAGGUGGUUGUAACUAUGGAGCAUAAAGCCCGAGACGGAAGUCCGAAAAUUUUAAAGAACUGCACUUUGCCUAUCACAGGUCAACAGUGUGUAGAUUUGAUUAUUACUGAUUUGGGCGUGUUUGAAGUUGUGAAAGGUGAAGGAUUAAAACUUAUUGAGAUUGCUCCCAACGUCGAUAUCAGUGAGAUUGUUAGUUCGACAAGCUGUGAAUUUAGCGUUGCUGACGAUCUUAAGGAAAUGGAUCAAGUCGAGGUCGAUGAAUAAAUAACUUGUAAUAUAUUCCAUAUAAUGGUUUUUGUAAAUGUGUGAAUAUUUAAUCACAUAUUUCACUAAUUUGUC